AUGGACAAAAAGGAUUAUUUAGCAAAAAUAGAAAAAAUGCUCAACGAAGGUCCAUACAGAGUUCAAAGAUCGGAUCCAUUAAUCACAUUCGUAAACGAUGUAAAAGACACUUUAAAAGCAUGUCCAAAGUUGAUUAACAACCAACUAAAAUUUCAAUUACAGUGUUCGAAUCCUGUAACACCUCGUCUGUAUUGUUUACCAAAAAUACACAAACAAGAUGGAUCCAUGCGACCCAUAGUUUCAGGUAUAAAUUCUCCAACAUACAAGAUUGCAAAAUGGCUAGUAAACAAAUUCCAAACAUUAAAUAACGAAUCAGAUUCGUCUUCCGUCAAAAAUAGUAUUGAUUUAAUUAACAAAAUAAAGGAUACAGAAUUGGCACCAAGUGCAGUUCUAAUGUCAUUUGAUGUCAAAGCUUUGUAUCCCAGUGUUCCAAUACCAGAAGCAAUAAAGGCGUUGGAAAAAUGGCUUAAAAAUCAAGGUUUACAUAUGGAUGAAGUAACAGAAUUGGUAAAAUUAACACGUCUAUGCAUGAGACAAAAUGUGUUUACCUUCGAAGGUAAAUACUACAAACAAACAUUUGGGACGUCUAUGGGCAAUCCGUUAUCUCCAUUCUUGAGCAACAUCUUCAUGUCAGACCUCGAAGAACAAGCCAAACAACAAUUCAGUUAUUUUCCCGCUGUCUGGUACAGGUAUGUUGAUGACAUCUUCACAAUUUUUGACACAGAAAAAGAAAAUCCACAAGAUUUUCUUAAUAAGCUGAACAACAUGUACCCUUCAAUUGAUUUCACAACAGAAAUCGAAAAGGACGGUUCGAUUCCGUAA